UUGAGCCGUGUUCUGUUUCCACUGAUAACUCAGAGCGGUAUACUGUUGCUACCCGACCGAGUGCUGUGAACCGUGGAGGACACCGUGGAGCUCUGCUGUUAGCAUAGCUAGCUUUAACCGCUCUGGGUGGAGCACUGAGAGCAUAUUUACAGGAAAAUGCGAGGACCGGUUCUGUAACAAAGCUGAGAAAAAGUUGAACCAUGAAUCGCAUCCAGGUGAAUUUACGAGCUUUGCCUUCCCACGUCUUGGAAGCAGUGUGCAGACCAGAUCCAUCCCAAAGCACCAGGUCACCUGAGAGCAUCAUCAGCCCGAUCAUCUUCCCCAAAUCGAAGAUGCACCUGUGGGAUCCUGCACCUACCGGAGAUCUGGUCAAUCUUCACCUUUCCUACUACAGAAAGCCCAGGCUGCUGCUCAUGGAGAAGGCGCUGCGUUUGGCUCAUCGUCACGCACGACAGAGCAAGAAGCCCCAGUUUUCAUGCUUUCUUCUCGGGACUCUCGCUGUGGAGAGCGACGAGGAAGGCGUGACCAUCACCUUGGAUCGCUUCGACCCUGGCAGAGAGCAGCCUGAUGGCUCGGGAAAGUCUCCAGCUGCUCUGCUCCCGGGUGACGUCCUGGUACCAUGCCUGUUCCACACCCUGAGUGUUCCAGACACCACAGUGUUCUCUGCACACGACCUGGACAUCGCUUUUAAGAUGUUGGAGCAUUCGUGCAGCAGCAGAGAGGCGAUGGAGCUGUGGAAGCUGAUGAGUCUGCGUGUGCGUCUCAGCUGCGUUGAGAACAUGGACCGGCUGAGCUUCAGCCUCCAGUGGGCCGGCGUGACGUUGGCCAGCUCAAUGGAGGCCUUCCCCGUUCGUGUGCUGCCGGUCAUCCCCACCGCACUGGCCAGGAACCUGAGCAGCCCGGCCAGCAUGGCACAGUCUCUACACUCCCACUCUAAUGCGAGGAAACGAGGGUUCCUGACCAUGGACCAAACCCGCAAACUGCUCCUCAUCCUGGAGUCGGAUCCGAAGGUCUACACUCUUCCUCUUGUUGGAGUAUGGUUAAGUGGCGUGACUCACAUCCAGAACCCGGUGGUGUGGGCGUGGUGUCUGAGGUACCUGUAUAGCUCCUCCCUCCACGACAGAGUGAUGUCUGAGGACGAUGCGUUCCUGGUGGUCCUGUACUCUCUAACUCACCGCGAUCCCGAGUUUUACCAGUGCAGGCUGCGGGCGCCGAAGGACAUGAGAUUUCAGCUUCUCACCAGCACCGAAUCCCUCACGAUGUACAAGAAUGUGGAGCCAGCAGAGGGGCGUUCACUGCGCUUUGAGCUCAGUGCCGAGAGCCAGAAUCAGGAUACUGAGCUCUUUAAGGAGGCGCUUUCUCGUUCAGCAUUACAGAGAGCUACAUCAUUAGCUGCCGCCAUUCCGAAUAAAGUGUCCAUCAGUGACCAUGAUUCCGGAGUGGAAGAUGAAGACCUUUCUCCUCGGCCGUCCCCUAAUCCUCACCCCAUCAAUCAGCAGAUGAGACAAGUCCAGCCUUCUGUUCCAGAACUCUCUAUGGUUUUGGAUGGCAGUUUCCUUGAUGGGAAGGUCAUGGAAUCCCAUGAGCACACACUUGCUCAUCCUCCGCUUAGGAGCUCGAACAGCAAAACUUCCCCCUCGCACCCUGCACCGCGACCACCUGCUCAGAAUGUCAUGUCUGGCCCUCCACCCAUCAGGAGACCUCUGACCCCAGUGUUAUCUCAGCCCAAGCUCAAUAGAACUCAGUCCACCAUCGGUCACCACUCCGUGUGCAGGAACUCCGGUCCCUCUGUGAGCCGAAGAUCGAGCACCGGCUUCACAGCGUCAUCAUCUUCCUUGUCUUCGUCUUCUUCACCCAAGCCUGGUUCAUCCCCAAACGACUCGCUGCAUGAGCACACGCAGAGAUCUGGCCACCCAACUCCCCCAAACCAAAAGAGCAAAAAGGUGUCCAUUGGUUCAGAGCAGACAUCUCUGCUCCCUUCUCAGCACAUGGUCUUCCACAGCACCCCGGCUUUCAAACCGGCCUGCAGCUGCUGCCCUGCUCAUCAUUCCCACACAGCUGUGUACCAGGGCAACACCUGGCAGGGAUCUCAGUCUCCCCCUAUGCAUUGUCCUCCUGAAGGAAGUUCACAUCGAGAAUGUUGUCUCUCCCCUACCAGACCUGCACUUCCUUUGGGGUGCCGCGUGUCCCCUGCUCAGAGCCCCGUGUGCCAUUCUGCCAUUCCCCUUCACUUCUCUCCCUCACAUGUGCCACACGUUUCCAACCCCUGUCCUGGAGCUCUGGACCAGACUGCACCCAUGUGCCAGGCCCAGUGCUGCCAACGUCAACCUGGUCCCACUGGAGACGGCCUUCUUCCUGCUGAUGCCUACAGGAUGCUGAUGGAGCAGGACCGCCAGCUGAAGCAACUGCAGGCUCAGAUCCAGAAACUUCUUGAUGCCCAGACCAAGGUCCCGGAGCCGGCACAAGCAUCUCCAGAGGAUCCUCAGGAGCAGGCCAUUCAGACUUCAGUGCUUUCUGAGCCUGUAAAGAAGACGAGCGUGAGCAUCGCAGUAGAAACAGGUGCCAGUUUGUUCUGGAGUGCCCCCGAUCAAAACUCAAUGCUCGAAGCGCAGACGCUCGAUUGUCACUCUGAUACUAACAGCACAGGCUCCUCCAGACUCUGCUCAGAGCCGGUCCACCAGAACAGGGAGGAACCGAGUCCUGCGACCCCCAGGCACUCGGUCUCAUCACCACGGCACAACGCAUCGGAUGUAGCCGUCUCUUUAGAGAGUCCCGUGCUGGGAGAAAGUGCGAGCAUGUAUUAUAGCUCUCGGUCUCAUGACAAGGAGGACUUCCCUCAAAAUGGAGAAACACCCAGUCAGCAGUUUUAUCAGGAGUUACUGGGUCAAGUAAAAAGCCGUCUCCAGGACAGUGUAACCGAAGAAGAGACAAGCGAGCGAGAUGUUCGGAGUCCUCGUCCCAGUCUGUCUCCUGGGAAUUCCCCUCCAGAGAAACCUGCAGUCAAGGAGCAGAAUGUCGAGGGUGUAGAGGAGGACCGGGUGUUCAGUGCUACACUGAAACAGCUGCUGAACCUCGGGGUCAACAUGGAGCUCAAUACAGGAAGGUCCAACCACACCACUGUGGAGAGCGCCAGCACGCUGGCAUGGAUAAACCCUGCUGCGGUGAUCCCGAGGCUGACGCUCUCCGAGCCGGUGGGCUCCAGUGUCUGGGGGCUGAGUGGUGGCGUGGAUUUGAGUCUAGAAGCCAACGCCAUUGCUCUAAAGUACCUGAGUGACACUCAGCUGUCCCGCCUCUCGCUGGGAGGCCAGUCUCCCGGAGCUCGCUCUAACCCCAGCACACUGCUUUUUGAAAGGACCGCGCUGGAUAAGAGCAGCACCGGACUGAGCAUCCUCUCCUCCAGCAACAUGUCAUUAGCCACCUGUAGGUACAUGAAGAAAUACGGACUGAUAGAAGGAGGAAGCAGUGGAGAGGAAGAGGAAGACUGCAGCCAUCGAGCACCGAGAGCACAGGCCGACUCUGCGCUCGGCUGCUCCUUGCAACUCGAAACAUCCGAAAACACGGGGCGAGAGAAGGAAAGCGGGUUUCUUCUAAAAAAUAUAAAUAACAAGCAACCUGAGCCACUCUUUUCCACUAAAGACUCUCAAAGUCAGCUGAUACGUGACCUCAAGCCGAAAAUGCAGCUUCUCGCGCACACAAAAACGAGCCCGGAAAAGGAAAACGACCCAAAACGAGUCCAUCCUCAUCCUCGACCUCAGCGCCGGUCCUCUUUAUCAGACAACCAAAGACUCGCGUCAGUCCCCGAAACGCAAAACUCUGUGGGGAAUUUCCUCGACCUCAGCAGGCUGCGACAGCUCCCUAAACUGUUUUAAAUGCUUUUUAUUAUUAUUUCUCAAAGACUUUGUUUUUAUCACUUAAUCGUGCAUUUCUUCAACCACUUCUUAGUUUUAUACACAUUUUAUACUAUUAUUAUGAACACACACGCUUUAGGACAGUUUUUUAUUUCGGUUUACGUGUAUGUGUGUCUUUAUGAUGUGAGUACAAGACCUACGUUUUACAGGAGGCACAAAUGAAACGUCCUUCUGUUGUACAGUCAGGAAUGUUUACUUCUUUAUUCUUGUUCUUUUUAAUGUGUUGGGAGUAAGUACAUUUUUAUCAAUUAAAGAAUUUUAAAAACAAA